GUCCGUCUUGUUUUUUGUAGGCUUGGCAGUGAAAUGCUCUUUAAAAAACGGGAGGACUACUUGGAAUGGCCAGAAUAUUUUAUGGCAGUAGCCUUCUUAUCAGCACAAAGAAGCAAGGAUCCAAAUUCUCAGGUUGGUGCUUGCAUUGUGAAUUCAGAAAACAAGAUUGUUGGAAUUGGAUAUAAUGGGAUGCCUAAUGGUUGCAGUGAUGAUUUGCUGCCCUGGACUAGAACAGCACAGAGUAAGCUAGACACAAAAUAUCCUUAUGUGUGCCAUGCUGAAUUGAAUGCCAUUAUGAACAAAAACUCAGCUGAUGUGAAAGGCUGCAGCAUGUAUGUUGCCUUGUUUCCAUGUAAUGAAUGUGCGAAACUCAUCAUCCAGGCAGGUAUAAAAGAAGUUAUUUUUAUGUCUGACAAAUACCAUGACAGCCCUGAAAUGACAGCUGCCCGGCGCAUGUUUGAUUUAGUGGGAAUUAUAUACAGGAAAUUCAAACCAAAGUGCAAUAAGAUCAUCAUUGACUUUGAUUCAAUUAACGCCAGACCAAGUCAGAAGCCUCUGUGAGUUACGUCUCAUUAAAUCUCUAGAAGAUUGUGAUUUUCCCUUUCUGAGAAGCUGCUAAUGCCUUUCAUCUUGAAGUUACACAUAACUUUUUAAUAGCCACUACAGCUAAAGUAGACAUCUAAAGAAUGUAAGGCCUCAAAUUUUUCUGUCAGUCUUGUGAUACAGAAUCUACAUUUAAACUUUUAGUUGCUGUAUUUUUUUAAGCUUGUUUUAAAAUCUGGAACUAUAUAGAGGAAACAUAAUAUUGGAUUUGUUCUACAAGAAAAUGGUUUGAUUCUUACUGCGUCUGUCACCUCUUCUAUUAAAUGGAGUCCGAAUUAUUGUAGACAGUCUAUUGUAGACAAUAAUAUGCUGGAAACUCUCACUUACAUAUAUAGCUCUGUCCUUAUUCAAUGUAGGUAUCUACAUAGCUAAUCCACAUAAAGUGUAAGAAAUGUCCAUGCAACUAUUGAUAUUCAGUCUACAAUAGCACUAGAAUAUUCUAGUUAAAAUGUUACAACAGUUUAAAAUAUUGUGGUGUCAAAAUAUACUGUUGCAGUGAUUUUUUUUAAUUGCUGUUUUACGUUGUAAUAUACGGUGUCUGUGUCUAAUUUUUUUUUUGAGAAUAUUCUCUUGAAUUCAGUUUAGAAGACUACUAGAUAAUCCAACACAGUUCACUCUCAGAAUUAACCUGUAAGGUAACUGAAUCAUUUUUUGUCCUCCGAGAGAAACAAAAGAGUUAAAGCAUAUUGAGGUGGUCUGCCAAAAGUAGUAAUUGUGAUUUUUAGCUUGUUUUUUAAUGCUGGCACAGUGCCUUCAUUUUCAAAAAUGUUGCAUAAAAUAACAUCCUUUUGAUUUUAUUUUGAGGGUUGGGACUAGAUUUGAGUGCCUUUUCUUUAAUUUGAUUUUUUUAAAAUUAAGUAUGCCUAAUGGCUUUGUUUAGAAGAUGUUUUUAUCCCAUAGGUAAUCAUAUUUUUUUAAAUAUGAUUAUUUCUGUAAGCUUUUAUUUUUUCUGUAAAGGUUUUCUGGUUUGUAUUUUGGGACAUUAUGUAAUUUGGCUUCCUACCAGCACUAUUAAAGUAUUAUUAAAAUCUGCUA